AAUUCUCAAGUAGAAGAAAUUAUUGCCAAAAUUAACAUUACUCAAGAUGAUCAUGGGAGUUUAAAUCAUGAAAAUAAUUUACUUUUAUAUCGUUUCAUCCUGGAGAAAGGACAGUCGAUUAUCGUCAACUUUUCAUCUCCCCUGAACCCAAAAUUAAAGAUAAUACUUGCUCAGAACGAAUUACCUUCUGUAGAAGAUUUUAGCAAAAAAGGGGUGAUUGUUCCUGAAUCUAAUAAAAAUGGAGUAAAAGUUGUGACAACUCAUGAAACAGCUGAAGACAAUCAUGCAUGGUUCUUUGUUGCUAUUCUACCA